ACCAGCAGCCCGGCUACUUAGUAUACACACAUACGUAUGCCGUUAGAAAUCGACGCAGAUCGUUGUCCCUCAAAAAAAGGGAAAAGAUGAUGCAUUUCCGCUCGCAGGACCAACCAAAUCGCAUCGAGCCAGAUCACUGUCUGUCACUUAACCAGGCCAGUUGGGCUUCAAAAAGGCAGCCCGACGCAGGCAGACAAGCUUAGAAAGGCAAAGGCCGUUCUUCCUUCGUCACAGGUUGGCCAGCUCCUCCUCAUCUUGAACGAUGCCUUCUUCCAUACCCUCUGCACCACAGACAGACAGACAGACAGGCAAGCGGAGGGAAGACAAAAAUCUCUCUGUCUGGCUGGCUUCCCCUCCCCUCCCCUCACCGAAUAGAACAGUCGAAAGAUAGCGCUCCGCGGUGUCGGCGACGACACACACGACAGCCGCUCCGUCAGCCGCUGCCUUUGCACAUUUGACCGCACCGGCAACCGACCCGCCUCCAGAUAUCCCCGUGGCGAUGCCCUCCUCUCGCGCAAGCAGUCGAGCCGUCUCGAUGGCCUCCUCGUCGGUCACCGUCAGAACCUCAUCAAUGUCGUCACGGUGGCGGUGGAGGAUCUGCAGACACAGACAGACAGACAGACAGGGAGGGAGGGAGGAAUGUGACACAUGAAUACAGGCGUACGUCAGGCAAGAAGUCAGGGGACCAACCUGCACACGACACGUACAAUCGCUUGAUGGGGUGUGGUGUGUAGUGUUGUGUUGUGUGAUGGAUGUGCUCCCACCCAUAGCUGCUCACCCUGUAUCUUGUGAGGUGACCAAUCUUGCCCAGACAGCAGGGCACCUUUUUGCGGCUCCACGGCAACCACCUGUUUGGUUGAACACAGGACACAACCAACCACUGGCAUGUGCAUGUCACUCAAUCCGCGAGCAGCGUUUCUUUGGUAAGCGUGCCUUCACAUCUGGCCGUGCCAACUGAAUGGAUGAGGCCAUCCACACACACAUAAACACGCACACACACAGAGAGAGAGGGAGAGAGAGAGGGAGCGUGUGUGUGUGUGAAGUGGUCGGAUAGAUCGACGCAGGGGUGGAUACCUUGAUCACGGAGCCGGCCCCCGUGAUUGUGCCGCCCGUCCCCCAGCCAAGCACAAAGCAAUCCAGCCGCUCCCCUGCAACCAACGCACACACACACACACACACACACACAACGCCAGUCAGGCAACAGCCGGCAACCGAUAGCCUUAUGGGAUUGAAUUGCUCCCUCACUCACUCACUCACCGACAAAGUCGGCCAGCACCUCUGGGCCGGUCGUCUGGCGAUGAUAAGUGGGGUUGGCUUCGUUGUCAAACUGAACACCAUCAGCAAAAAAGACAGAGAGGGACGCACAGACACAUGCGCACCUCUCAGUCAUGGUCACUCGUCCAUCUGCUCACCGACCUGCCUUGGGAGAAACCACCCAAAUCGCUGCGCAAGCUCCUCUGCCUUUUGCACCUGUCCGAACGAGCAGCAGUGCUUCGUUGAUCCAUCGGUCUAUCUGUCUAUUUCGUGCUCCUUCCCUCACCAUGCCGGUUCCCCGCAGCUCGCUCGGCGUAAGGACGACUUUGGCGCCAUAGAACUGCAUUAGCUUUCGCCUCUCGACGCUGAACUGCUCGCCCAUGACGGCCACAAAGGGGUGGCCCUUGACGGCACAAACGGCCGCCAACGAUAUGCCUGACGACAGACAGACAUUCAUUGCGAUGCAGUGUACCACUUCCUCCCUCGGUCCCUCCCUCCUACCUGUGUUGCCACUGGGUGGGUGGGUGGACACACAGGGGUGGGAAGAGUGAAUACCGUAAUCUGCAGCCUUCCUUUGUCUGACUGACGUCAGCGCUGGCUGACCUGGUGGCUUCGCACACCACCUGCCCGGGCCGCAGCAGCCCUCUCCUUUCCGCAUCCUCGAUUAUCCCUAUAUAAACAAAGCACCACACGCAAUCGACGCGUAUGCAUGUGUACAGCGGGCUGGCGGCGGGACCAUUGCUCACCGAUGGCAAGCCUGUCCUUGACUGAAUGAACAGACAGAGAGAGCAGGGGACAGCAAGACGCAUGGAUAGAUGCAUCGAUCAGUGUCACUCACUGCACUCACCUGAGGCGAAGGGGUUGAACGAUUCGACCUUUGCAUAGAUGGUCCUGCCGGCCGGCGACAGGCGGUUAAGGCGCACGACCGGCGUGUGGCCAAUCGUCUUGAGAAUGUUGUCGUACAGCGGCAU